CUUUUGGGCGCUGCCAAUUGAAGCUGAUGUCAAAAUUAGGGUUUAAGCCGCCCUGCUUCCACCUCUUUCUCUCUCCGCUAUAAAAUCUCAACCUUAAACCAUUUCCAAUCAUCUCAUUCCUCCCUGCCUCCAUCUCUCCCUCCCAUAUCAUUCUCAAAUAUCUGUUUCUUUCUUCCCCAAUUUAAUGGAGUUUUUAGUUUCUGCAGUUUAAUCACGCGCACUUGCUUACCCCGGGCUUCUCCGAAAAUUUUCAAUCUGACGAUGCUAAAGCCCCAAAGCUCGUGCUAUAUUUACCGCCGUUCGUGUUGCAGUUCCGCCGCCUCUCCACGGCGUUUCUGUGUCUAAGAAACGGCCACAUCUCUUUCCUUAAUUGUUAAUUUCUUUUGCCUCAAACACCUUUAGGCUUUCUUGAUUUGUAUUUCUUGAUUCAAUUGAAGUCUAGUCAUGAAGGCAUACACAGAUUUUUGCGGUGUUAACGUUGAGGUUAACACUUUCUUCAUUGUUAUGCCUCUAAAGUAAUCCGCUAUAUUUUUUUUUAAAAUUAUUUUUUGAAAAUUGAGGAAAUCUUUGGCGAUGAUUAGAUACUUAUCCGCGCUUCUGAGAUUCACUCGAUGAAGUAUGGAUUUAAAAUGGUUGAAUUUCUUGAUAUGAGCCGCUUUUGUUCUUAUUUUUAAUUUGUUUUUCAAUUUCAAAUUUUAGCAGUGAGGAUUGAUUAAUCAGCUUAAUGCCAGUUCUGCUUCAGAAAAUUCUUGAUCGAAAGAGCUGUAUAAUACCCUGAGCUAAAUAAAAAAUUAUUUAUUAUUGAUUUAAUUUUUUAAAAAUUUAAAUUAUUUGUGGAUUAAGUUAAUUGAAGGAUUAAUGAUGGUUAUUUCACUUGGUUGAGGGUGUAGAUCUGACUUUUUAAAGCGCUACAUCUAUAUAUGAUAUCAUCUAAUAUACAAUCUGAAACCUUGUAAUAUAGUUUGUAUUUUAUAAUUAGGCCAGUGAUGAUAUAAUCCAAAUAGAUGAGAUAUAAUGGAUCUGAGUCCCUGUCUAACAGGGGGAACCUCUCGGUGAAAUUACAUUCAUACGAUAUUACUGGAUUUAACUGAGGUUUUCCAUGCUUAAGAAUGUUUAGGUUGGUAUUUGUAAUUUAAACUAAUUUAAUUAGUUAUUUUGGUGAGUUUUAACUAUACUCUUUACACCUUGUUAAAAUGUGGGUAAAGAGCCUGAAAAAACUCAGAAAGUGAGUGUUGUCAUCAGCUUCUUCCUUAGACUUACGGGACUGGAGUUAAAUAACGGCACUACAUUUUUUCCUAAUUAAAUCUAUCUAUCGGGUUAUGUUUGGCUUUUAUUUUACCAAAAUUUCCGGUUUGCCGGUUAUAAUUGAAUAGUACGAAACAAUAUACUUGCAAGUUGUCAUCCAAUAAUAUUUCCAAUGAGAAUUGUUCAAUGGACAUACUUAAAAUGCUCUCUUGGUGUAGUAGUUUUAAGUCUGGCGCUUUGUACGCUAGGUUGAGAUCAGACACAUUACAAGGGUGCCGGAAAACGCAUCUCCAAAAUGAUCGAUCUUCAAAGUGGUGGAUAUGUCAACAUGGAAAAUAAUACGAGGGUUAAUUCCCAGAAUUUAAUAAGUUGGAACAAACUGAAGAUGUUUGUUGAUGAACUUCCUGAUAUACCCAAAUUAUAUGGGUAUAAAGUUGUUGGUGGAAAAGCUGUUCCGACUUAUUUGAAAAUUGGCAUGUUCCAAAAGAAUUGGAAAUUUCAUAGAGACCUUCCAGCAACACCGGUAUUUGCCUAUGGUACAUCAAAGAAGAAGGCAACAGUUCCAGGGCCAACAAUUGAGGCACUAAAUGGUGUAGACACCUACAUAAGAUGGGAAAAUAAUCUUCCUAAGAAGCACAUCCUUCCGUGGGACCCAACCAUACCUACGGCGAUCCCACGGGGUCAAGACGGGGUCCCCACGGUGGUGCACCUUCACGGUGGGAUAGACGAGCCUGAAAGUGAUGGUCAUGGACAUGCUUGGUUUACUAAUGGUUUUAAAGAUAGAGGAGCUCGUUGGAGUAAGAAAACAUACCAUUAUCAUAAUCAACAACAACCAGGAAACAUGUGGUACCAUGAUCAUGCAAUGGGGUUGACUAGGGCUAAUCUUUUGGCUGGAUUGAUUGGUUCUUAUAUUAUUCGACAACCACAAGUUGAGGAUGCUCUUAAAUUGCCUUCCGGUGACAGUUUUGAUAAGGUUAUGGUUGUUUGUGAUAGGGAUUUCUAUAGGAAUGGAUCUCUUUUCAUGAAUAGCACUGGAAACAACCCAAACAUACACCCGGAAUGGCAACCAGAAUAUUUCGGGAAUGUGAUAGUAGUAAACGGGAAGGCAUGGCCAUACAUGGUGGUUCAACGUCGGAAAUACCGGUUUCGAAUUAUUAACACUAGUAACGCUCGAUUUUUCAGAUUCUACCUAAGCAAUGGGCUUUCAUUCAUUCAUAUAGGAUCCGAUUCAGCUUAUCUGGAUCGACCCACAUUGAGUAAGUCCACAUUGGUGGCUCCCUCUGAGAUAUCGGACGUGAUUAUCGACUUUUCGAAAUCUAAAUCCAACUCUGCUGUGCUUGCUAAUGAUGCUGUUUAUCCUUUUCCAUCAGGGGACCCGGUAAAUGAUGCAAACAGCAAGGUGAUGAAGUUCAUAAUAAAGAAACAACGUGUGGAUGAUCCGGCCCAUAUACCAAAAUGGCUAAUAAAAUAUCCAUCACCAAACUUAUCCACUGCUUCACGGACUCGUUACAUUUCCAUGUACGAGUACACAAGUCCAUCCGACGAACCCACCCAUCUUUUUAUCAACGGACUAUCAUUCGACGCUCCAGUAACAGAGUUCGCUAAGGUGGGGUCCAGUGAAAUAUGGUAUGUGAUUAAUCUAACAGAGGAUAAUCACCCGCUUCAUGUACAUCUAGGAUUGUUUAAGGUAUUGGAGCAAACAAAAUUGCUGGAUUUUGAUAAGUUUAAGGAUUGUAUGGCCAACAAAAACAACGCAGAGAGGUGUAAUGUACACAAACAUGCACGGGGUAAAAAAUUAGAUGUAACAAAGCAUGAAAGAGGGUGGAAGAAUGUGUUCAAAAUGUGGCCAGGUUAUGCAACAAAGAUAUAUGUGAGAUUCUCUUACAUUCAUACCAACGCUUCCUACCCUUUUGAUGCUACUAAGGACCCUGGUUAUGUCUACCAUUGCCACAUACUGGAUCAUGAGGAUAAUGUCAUGAUGCGGCCGUUUAAGUUGGUAAACUAGGAUUUGGAGGACGACCUGAGAUCUCAUGCAUGUUAUCACCAAGCUAGGAAAUUCAGUUGGUCAUAAAUCAUAAUGCCCCACUAAGUCAACUAUAUAUGCCUUUUCAGUUCUCUCAUUAAGUCAAAAAUUUGUAGAUUUGUACCGCAGACAAACGCGCGCCACACCUCAAAAUACUGUAAUUUCUCGAUUCAUCAUCUCGCCUAAGAACAUGUAUUCCGAAAAUAAAUGUACUCCACCAAAUUUACAUGUGUCCGAGGGCCUACAAACGAGUUUGAUGGACUUGGGUUUUGUUCUGUUCUACCUAAUCUUGAUAAAAGUUAUUAAUAUUCAACCUAA